AUGAUAGAAUCUUAUGUAGUGACCGAAUUUUUCCGUCAAGAAGCUCUACAAGAUAACGAGCUACCAACUCCGAAGCGUCAAGAGCCAGGACCGAAAUCUCUCAAAGAUGUUUCGAUGGGAACAAGAGGUGGUUACGUACACGGUCGAGUCUUGAUGAAAACACCGAUUCGAGCUUGGAAAAAGGAGGCGAAUGAAGGCAAAAUAUUUUCCUUCAUAAUCGCCGACAACACAGCUGAGAUGAACGUUGUGGUAGCAGGAGACAUCUGCGAGAGCAUCUUCGAUAAGAUUUGCGUGGGCGAAUGCUAUGAAUUCAGUGCGUUUCGACAAAAAGUCUGCAAUCCGCAAUACAAGGUCUCAUGUCUCGACAUUGAACUCGUCUUGACCAAGAUAAGCUCAAUCCAGAAAAUUUCUGGCGACCAUCUGCCGAAGCAAGUCACCAGCAAAAUAAAGAUCGGCCAGAUCGUUGAAGUGAAUCUCAACAAACUCGUCAACCUUACUGCAAUUGUGUUUGACGUGGGAGACAUCCAAACUUUUACGUGUCGCGAUGGACAAGCGCACAAACUGGAUGAAACUGAAGGAGACUGCAUUACUAUUACCAAUGCUUCCGUCAGAGAGUACAGGGGAAUCAAAUCACUGACGGCGACGACCAAUACGGUGUUCAAGUUCGCCCGAGAAGAACCAGAAGACGCUGAUAUGGAAGAGCUCCUGAAAUGGUGGAAAACAGAAGGUUUAAGAUGCGAGUUCGGGGAACUCAGAGUCCUGCCGACAGAAAAUCCGCGAGAAGAACCGUUGCCGAAGAAAGAUAUCAAGUGA